AUGGCAACAACACUGGCAUCGGGAUACAUCACCUUGCUAAAAACAACGCUUGGAAGCGGAAUCCUGUCGUUUCCGUAUCUAUUCAAGACAUACGGAAUACUUACAGGAAUCAUCUUGACAAUGGCAUCGGGCAUCUUUUCUGUGCUAGGACUUGUGCUGUAUACCAUAUGCAGUCAGAGCCUGGGAAGACAGGCAACACUCUCAAAGCUGGCCACAGAAAACAUGCCAUAUGUGACAGUACUCGUGGAUUUCUGUGUGUUUCUUAAAUGCUUCGGCGUUGCACUGUCGUAUCUUGUCAUCACAGUCCACCUCCUUCCUUCGCUCAUGCUAAGCGCAUUCGGAUCUUCUGUGCUUUCCGAUCCAAGCAUAUCUCUGCUCAUAUUCAUACUGUGUGUAGGUCCGUUUUCAUACUUCAGCAAGCUCGACAAGCUCAAGUACACCUCAUUCUGCGGCGUGAUCGCCAUCCUGAUUGUCAUAAUGGCCACUGCAUACAGGUACAGAUACUCUUCAUUCAUAAUCCACAAAAAGAUCGACUACUUCGUCCCGGUAUCGUAUACAUGGCUGGACAGCCUUGGAAAGUUUGUCUUUGCAUUCACCUGCCAUCAGAACAUCUUUACCGUUCAGUCAGAAAUGGACGACAACUCUCCAUCAACAAUGAAAAAGCUCAUAUACAUGGUUGCCUCCACAGCUGCACUGCUGUAUAUCUCAUUUGGCAUCCUUAACUACCUUCUCUACAGAGAAGCGAUCAAAGACAACAUCCUGCAAAACUAUCCCGAUGAUCUUCUUGCAUUCGUUGUUCGAUGUCUUUAUGUGCUUGCAAUGGGCGUGUCAUAUCCUCUUCAAGUCAAUCCAUGUAGAUCGCAUCUCAUGAAUAUUGUUUCUCUCAACUCAAAAGUCGAUCAGAACGACUCUUUUAUGGAGUUCAUUGCAACCACCGCAAUAAUAUUGUCCACUUACCUUCUUGCUAUCUCUGGAAUGGGUCUUGGCACAAUAUACUCCAUCAUCGGUGCAACUGCAUCAACAUUCAUAUGCCUGAUCUUCCCAACAAUGCUCUACUUUAGAAUGGACAUUGACAGAUCAAAAUGGCUGACAUUUCUGUCAUAUGCCGGUUUUGUUUUCGGAAUGCUCGUAUUCCUCACUUCCAUGCUCAGCAUCUUUUUCAGCAGCUCGCCUCUGCCUCUGUAA